AUGCCACCACCCACCCCCACCUCCCCACUACCGCCAUGCAUAUCCCGGACCUCCUCCCUCUCGGUAACAGAAACAGUAAAUGGGUCCCACAAAUUCACAAUCCAAGGCUACUCAUUAGCCAAAGGAAUUGGUGUAGGCAAACACAUAGCUAGCGAGACUUUCACUAUUGGUGGUUAUCAAUGGGCUAUUUAUUUCUACCCAGAUGGGAAAAACCCUGAAGACAAUUCCUCUUAUGUCUCUGUUUUUAUCGCUCUUGCUAGCGAAGGCACCGAUGUUCGAGCCCUUUUCGAGCUCUCCUUGAUUGAUCAGAGUGGUAAAGGCAAACAUAAAGUUCAUAGUCACUUUGAUCGCUCCCUUGAGAGUGGGCCCUACACCCUCAAGUAUCGAGGCAGCAUGUGGGGGUACAAGCGAUUCUUCAGACGGGCAAUGCUUGAAUCAUCGGAUUUUCUGAAAGAUGAUUGCUUGAAAAUUCACUGUACUGUUGGUGUUGUGGUCUCUGCAAUUGAUUACUCGAGAUUGCACUCUAUAAAGGUCCCUGAAUCAGACAUCGGAGACCAUUUUGGUAUGUUAUUGGAGAACGAGGAUUGUUCUGAUAUCACUUUUGAUGUGCAAGGGAAAAAGUUUCAUGCUCACAAGUUGGUAUUGGCUGCUCGGUCUCCUGUAUUUGAAAGUGAACUUCUUGAUGCAAUGGAGGAAGAUAAUAACACAGUAGUUAUUUCUGAUAUAGAACCUAAAGUUUUCAAGGCUUUGCUGCAUUUCAUUUACAAAGAUACUCUUAUGAAAGAUGAGGAACUUUCUGCAUCAAGUUCAACUUCCAUGCCAUCUGUAUUCGACACAUUAACUGCAAAAUUGUUGGCUGUAGCAGAUAAAUAUGAUUUACCUAGACUUAGACUUAUGUGCGAGUCUGUACUCUGCAAGGAUAUAUCUGUGAGUUCUGUUGCCAAGAUUCUGGCCCUGGUCGAUCGUUACCAUGCUAUGGAUUUGAAAUCUGUGUGCCUAAAAUUUGCGGCCGAAAAUCUCGUAGGUAUGUUCUUGUUUGAUUUCCAUUUUUUUGAGACUUCUAUAUUGAAUAAUUUGAACACUAGUUUUUGCGAAGAGGUCCCAAAGUUAUUCGCUGUAGUGGAGUCUGAUGGUUUUGAGUAUCUCAAAGAGAGCUGUCCAGUGCUGCAGGCCGAGCUCCUAAAGGCAGUGGUGGGAUGCGAGGAUGAUGUCAGUGGAUCAGUUGGAAAGAGCCGAAGCGUUUGGGGGCAGUUCUCGGACACAGGGGAUACAAAUGAUAGGAGUAUCAGGCAACGCUGGGAAAAUGGAGGGGAAAGUAGCCAAAACUUGUGGGCUCAACCUGAUAAUGGCAACGGAAGGAGUCCAAGGCAAGAAGAGUGA